AUGGCGGAGGAGUGGGACGCGGAGAUCACCUUCCUCCCCACAGAUGCACCGGAGCACCCUAGAGACAGGAAGCACAGGGACCCUGAGGCAGAAACAGGCUGUGUGGCCUACGGGAAGGCGCUGGAGCAUGCGGAAUGGCGGCUGGCGGGGCCCGAGUGCCGGCUUCUGCCCUGCGCGCUACACAAGUGGAGCUCCUUCUCCUCCACCUACCUUCCUGAAACUUUCAUGGGAGUACUUAUGUGAAGGCAUUGUUCAGAAGGAAGAUACUUGGGUGUAAUGAACAUUUUAGUGGAUAAGCCAAAUGACCAGCCUUCACGGUGGUCUACAGAGAGCAGCUACCCUCCCCAGUACUUGAUUCUGAAGCUUGAAAGGCCUGCUAUAGUCCAGAAUAUCACAUUUGGAAAAUACGAGAAAACUCACGUCUGCAGUUUGAAGAAAUUUAAAGUCUUUGGUGGAAUGAAUGAAGAAAACAUGACAAAGCUAUUGUCCAGUGGCUUAAAGAAUGAUUAUAACAAAGAAACAUUUACCUUGAAGCAUAAAAUUGAUGAACAGACGUUUCCUUGUCGAUUCAUUAAAAUAGUUCCACUCUUAUCAUGGGGCCCCAGCUUUAACUUUAGCAUCUGGUAUGCUGAAUUUAGUGGCAUUGAUGAUCCCGAUGUAGUACAACCCUGUCUCAACUGGUACAGUAAGUAGUACCGUGAACAGGAAGCUAUUCGCCUUUGCCUAAAACACUUCAGACAACAUAACUAUACAGAGGCCUUUGAAUCACUGCAAAAGAAAACCAAGAUUGCCCUGGAACAUCCCAUGUUAACAGAUCUGCACGAUAAAUUGGUACUGAAGGGUGAUUUUGAUGCUUGUGAAGAAUUGAUUGAAAAAGCUGUAAAUGAUGGCUUGUUCAAUCAGUAUAUCAGUCAACAGGAAUAUAAGCCACGAUGGAGUCAAAUCAUUCCCAAAAGUACCAAAGGUGAUGGAGAAGAUAACCGACCAGGAAUGAGAGGAGGCCGUCAGAUGGCUAUUGAUGUUCAAACAGAGACUGUUUAUUUGUUUGGUGGCUGGGAUGGAACACAAGAUCUUGCCGACUUCUGGGCAUACAGUGUGAAAGAGAACCAAUGGACAUGUAUCUCUAGAGACACUGAGAAAGAGAAUGGUCCUAGUGCUAGAUCAUGUCAUAAAAUGUGCAUUGACAUUCAACGAAGGCAAGUCUACACACCAGGGCAUUAUUCGGAUUCCUCUGUGAAGAACAGCAAAUCUCUGAAAAGUGAUUUCUAUCGUUAUGACAUUGACACAAACACAUGGAUGUUACUCAGGGAGGAUACUGCUGAUGGAGGACCGAAACUGGUGUUUGAUCAUCAGCCAAUGACAGGAUUCACACAGAGAGCAACCAUUGAUCCAGAACUGGAUGAAAUACAUGUCUUAUCUGGACUCAGCAAAGACAAGGAAAAGAGGGAAGAGAAUGUCAGAAAUUCAUUCUGGAUUUAUGACAUUGUAAGGAAUAGUUGGUCUUGCGUCUCUAAGAAUGAUCAAGCUGCAAAGGAUACUCCAAGUAAAAGUCUUCAGGAGGAAGAACCAUGUCCAAGAUCUGCCCAUCAGCUUGUAUACGAUGAGCUACACAAGGUUCAUUAUUUAUUUGGUGGGAAUCCAGGAAAAUCUUGGUCCCCAAAGAUGAGAUUAGAUGACUUCUUGUCACUGAAAUUGUGUAGGCCUUCAAAAGAUUACUUACAGCAUUGCAAGUACCUCAUAAGAAAACACGGGUUUGAAGAGAAGGCCCAAAUGGAUCCCCUUAGUGCUCUGAAAUAUCUACAAAAUGAUCUUUAUAUAAAUGUGGAUCAUUCAGACCCAGAAGAGACAAAAGAGUUUCAGCUCCUAGCUUCAGCUCUGUUUAAAUCUGGUUCAGAUUUCACAGCUCUAGGCUUUUCCAAUGUGGAUCACACCUGUGCUCAAAGAACUCAGCUGUUUGACACCUUAGUAAAUUUCUUUCCUGACAGCAUGACUCCUCCUAAAGGCAACCUGGUGGACCUCAUCACACUGUGACUGACGAGUACCUGGACAGAAAUGGAGCACAGGA